AAGAGUUAUUUCCCUUAUAAUGCAAAAUUUUAUUUCCUGAAAAAAUUAUAAUACACAAUAUUUAGUGAUGACAAAUUAUUUAUUUAAAAUGAGACUAGAUAUAUGCUUGCUCUAUCUCCUGACAUUAUUUUCAUUCUUACAGGCAGCAUCACAAGACACAAGUUUUGAAGAUGUAAGAUGUAAAUGUGUUUGUCCUCCGCUAAAUGAAGUAAACUCUACACAAGAUAGAACAGUGUACAUUAGUGCUAAUGUUAACCCAAACAUGUGUACUUGUGUAGAGGUGGUAAAAAAUGCAUCACCAAAAUUAUGCGCACAGUGUGAAUGUAAAUAUGAAAGUAGAAAUACGACUACAAUAAAGGUAGUAGUCAUCUUCACCAUAUGUGUGGUGUCACUGCUGUUUGUUUACAUGGUAUUCCUGUUCCUGUUGGAUCAUCUAGUGUCAUGGAGACCAUCGUCAUAUCAACAACACGUCAGUGAGGAGGUGAAUUUGAAUAAUGAGAUUCCCUAUAUAAGACAUCAAGAGGAGGAGGAUGAGCACUCUGUGACGUCUGCAACACCAGUGGUGUCGAGGGCAGAGUUGACAAGACAAAGGUCAAUCAUUAACCGUAUGACUGAUGAACAGAAAAGAUGGAAGGGAACUGUGAAGGAACAGAGAAGAAAUAUUUACGAUAAACAUUCCAUGUUAAAUUAAUGAUCUCGAGACCAAGAUAGAUUGAAAUGAAUGGAAUUUCAAGAAGACAAUUUUGGUUAGAUUGCUAGCGAUCAUGCAUAAUAUAUACAUCAUUAUCUGGAUGAAAUAAAUACAUCGAUUAUAAGUAUUCCACCAUUAAAGGAAAUUUUUAAAUGUAAAAAGUACAUUUCAUGUCCCACACCAAUACCAAGUGUUUUGAAAACUCCAUUAAAGAUCCAAAUUUGUGCUCAAUUAAUGUCUAUGAUAAAUAUCUACGUAUAGUCCCCUGAACUUGAAUUUCAACUAUUACUAUGAUGUAUUUAAGAAAUGUGUGUAAAAUAACAGAUUUGAUGUGCUCAUAUUAACUGUAGAAUGAAUAUUUAUUGUUUUUGAUGUAAAUAUAACAACUUACGAAGCAUUGUUAGAGAUAUGUUAUGUUGAUUAAUAGAACUUAAUAAUCUAUCAUGUUAAUACAUGUACUCAUAUAAAAAACAAGCCUACCAUGCACAAUGUUAAAUACAGCAUGCCUUUAUACCAGUUCUGAAAAAAAUGGAAAAAAGGAAGUUUUUUUUGACACUGGAAUUUAAACGUUUUGUAGUACAGUCAAACCUUUUUUAAGAGACCAAUUGAGGGAGAGAGAAAAAGUGGUCUCCUUAAGACAGGUGGUCUUUUAAUACAGGUUCAAUUUAUAAGAAAUGUACUUCAGAGGGAUCUAAAACUGGUGGUCUUUUAACACAGGUUUUUGCUUUGUACAGGUGGUCUCUUAAGCAGGUUUGACUGUAGUUUGAUGGAUAUAGGUGUCUAAAUACUAUGGAAGAACUUAAAAGGUCUUGCGCAUCUCAUACAAACAUUAAAAAAAUAUUAUGGUUGACUGUAUGAUCAUAAGAAGCCAAUACCAACAGAAAAAGUCAAACAAUUUUAUGAAUAUUUUCAAGGGAAAAACAGUAAUAAAAAAAUUAAAGUCCAAUAUGAAUAUAAUAUAAAUAAUAAAUAAGAUGUGGUAUAAGUGCAAAUGAGACAACUCUCCAUCCAAGUUAACAAUUAUAGGUCAUUUCAAUAUGAACAGAUUAAGAUUAUAUCAAGUUAUGUAGAACAUUCCAUAUAUUGUGUCAAAUGUUUAUAUUAAUUUAUUUUAGUAUGUAAAUAAUUGUUAUUUUGAAUGAUAUGAAAUGUAUAUUUGGUAAAGUAAAGAAAUGGAACAUUUAUGAUAAUUCAAAAAAUUUUGUUGACACACAGCUCAACAAACAAAUUAUGAUAUGCCAGUAAAUAUCAGAAUUGUAGCAUAGAAUUUUUUACAGAAAUUAUUACGUACAAAACUAAUUAUAAAAAAUAACUCAUUUUAGAUAGAUAGGAACAGUGUUAUUAGACUGCAAGAAAAUGUUUUAUAAAUAUUUCUGUGAUAUUAUAACUUCUGUUUUAUGAUGUGUUUUUUGUAUUUCUGUUUAAGUUUGUGCAAUAUAAAUAAAACGUCUCUUGUUUGCUAGAGACAAUUAGUGUGAUGAAAAAAUAUGUUGUCUUAGAUUUUAAAUAAAAUGGAAUGUUUUCCGA